CAAAAAGGGGGUGCCAAUAUAAAUUUGCAUCUGCAAAACCACAAUAAAAAAUGGACCAAAACCAGAAUCAAAAAGUGGGAAGUAUUGGUUUGUAUGGGGGGACACGUGGCGCAAGAUCAAGGGCCCUGCGUAGUGAGCGGCCGCCUAGGGUAGACAAAGCCCAAAAUAGUGUGUUUUAUUGCUUAUGAUGUCUGCACAAUUGAGGUGGUUCUGAAUCCUACACUCCUUCGAUUAUGAACUUGAAAGAACUGGCUGGAAAGCUAAAUCGGGUGGUCAAUGACGAUAUCAGUUUCUAGCAACAUUUCGCUCACUUGGACUGGGUCACUUGGAGCAUUGGUAGAAAGUUGAUCAUCAUUUGAAAAUGGCUGAAUCAGCAAUCCUUGUUGCUUUAGAAACCCUUCGGAAUCUGCUGCUUGAUGAAGCAAAAUUCUUGUCUGGGGUGGGCAGUCAAGUGAAGGGAUUGGAAUCGCAGCUCAAAGAGAUGCAGUGUCUGCUAGAGGACACUGACAGAUCAAGACAACACAAAAGCAAGAGCGUUGGUUAUUGGAUUCUAGAAAUCAGAGAUCUUGUGUACCAAGCUGAAGAUGUGAUUGAAAUGUAUUCGGUUGUUCAAGUUUCUUCCAGAAGUGGAAGAGGCAUUAGACAGUUCUGUCAAAGAUUUUCUUGUCUCCCAAAUCGCUGCUGCAGUCUCUACAAGAUUGGUUGGGAGAUUUCAGAAAUCAGAUCAGCUAUUGGAAGAGUCUACAAAAGCAUCCACGAGUAUGGCCUAAGAAGUAUUAUUCAAGAAGAAAACUCAGGUCCUGCAAGUGAAAACCAAAGAUGGCAAAGAAAAACAUAUUCUUUUGAAACCAGUGAUUGCUUUGUGGGAAUGGAGGAAGAUUUGAAACGACUUGUUUCUCUUACAGUUGAUGAUAACCUAAACCGAGUUAUUUCAGUGUGGGGAAUGGGUGGACUAGGAAAGACAACCAUUGUUCGGAAAGUGUACAACCAUGUCGAUGUUAAGCAUGCUUUUGAUUCCUUCGCUUGGGUUUGUAUUACUCAACAAUGCCAAAUUAGAUUUGUUUUGGAAGAAGUCAUUAAGCAGUUAAUGCCACAACAGAAGGAACAUGCUAUGCAUCUAAGCGAUACAGAGUUGGUUGAGCAACUCUUUCAAGUCCAAAAAGAAAAAAGAUGUCUGAUUGUAUUGGACGAUCUCUGGAAAAUCGAACACCGGGAUUGUCUGUUGGGUGUCUUUGUAGAUAGCCAGAUUUUGAUGACAACUCGAAAACAGAAUGUUGCAGAUGUGGGAUUAUCCUACAAACUUGGGCUCCUAAGCAUGGCUGAUGGCUGGGAACUGCUCAAAUGCAAAGCAUUCCCAAGAAACUACAUCCCACCAGACUUUGGACUUCAAUUUGAAUUGUUUGAGGAAGUUGGUAAAAAGAUGGUGAAAAUUUGUGGGUAUCUACCAUUAGUAAUUUCUCUUCUGGGAGGGAUCUUAAGCAAACGGCGAUCAUUGAAGGAGUGGGAGUUGGUAAAUAAAAAUAUUGAUGAUUACUUGUUUAGUGCUGGAAGCACUGAUCAGGACAAUAAGAUCAAUGCGGUAAUACUAGAUUUAAGUUAUGAGGACCUACCGUCUUACUUGAAACCGUGUUUCCUUUAUAUGGGUCAAUUUGUAGAGGAUCAAUACAUAUAUGGUGACAAUCUGUACAUGUUGUGGAUAGCAGAAGGCUUGAUAUCAGUUGAGAAUCGAGCAAGUGAGGAGACGUUAAUGGAUGUUGCAAAAUGCUACUUGAGUGAAUUGGCGUCUAGGUGCAUGGUUGAAAUUGUAGCGCAGGAAACUGUAUCAAGUAAACGAUAUGUCUCCUGCCAUCUUCAUGAUGUCGUACGCGAUCUAUGUUUGUUGAAGGGGAAGAAGGAGGACUUUCGUCUCAAGGUUGUGAAUUGUCAAGCUCAAGGGGGAAGAUUUGAUGUGUUGAGUCCAUCUGUUUUGGGUAUUAAAACUCGAUAUUUGGCAAUGCAUUUUAGAGGAGAAGUGGAAGUAGAACAUGAUCAACUUACGACCACUCAUGAAGAAACUAACCAACACAUUCGAUCUCUCAAGUUUAUCUGUCAUUCAAAACAGAGGAAAAUCAACUUCCCAAAUAGUGUUCUUGAAUAUUUCCAUAACUUCAAACUGGUCAGAGUUUUAGUAUUUGAAGGCUGCAACUUCCAACGACGAAAGUUACCAAAAGAAAUUGGUAAUCUAAUUCACCUUAGAUACUUGCGCUUGCGAAAUUGUGUAUUUACUGAAUUGCCAUCCUCCAUCAGCAACUUGAUAUACUUGUGCACGCUAGAUCUAUUCCAUUCAUGGGAUGUCCGAAUACCAAAUGUUUUGCACAAACUGAUUCGGUUAAAGCACUUGUUUCUUCCUGAUUACCGGAAAACCAGCAAUGCCAGAACCUACCAGCUUAGUUUGGAAGGCCUUAACAAGCUGGAGACGCUGAUUGGGUUUGACAGCUUGUUCCAUGAUUGGAAAUCUGUGUCGAGAAUGAAGAAUCUCCAGCGCCUUCGAGCCACAGUGCAUGAUACAAAAACCCUAUCCGAAAUCAUUGAUGACCUCAACACUAACUGGAAUAAUCUGCAUGAAUCUACACUUAUCAUCAAAGAUGGUUGUGAGUUAACAUCUUCAGAACAAGAGGUACCAAUUUUAAAGAAGCUGUUCACAUGUUCCAAUCUUCAUUCUUUGUGGAUAGACAUGCGUAUGCAGAAGCUGCAACAAGAAAUCGAAACUCAAGUAGUUUUUCCAAGACUUGUGUUCUUGACAGUGAGAAACUGCAAAAUUGAGGAUGAUCCAAUGCUUAUGCUGGAGAUGCUGCCUUGCCUAGAAUCUUUGUGCUUAUGGCCAUGUUCCUAUGUGGGGAAGAAAAUGACUUGUCGUGCAACAGGCUUCUGUAAGCUCAAAACUAUUCAGUUGUGGGGUUUACCAAAUCUGACAGAGUGGAAAGUUGAAAAAGGAGCCAUGCCAAUCCUUUCUGAGCUUGAAAUCAGGCACUGUCCAAAGUUGGGGAAGGUUCAAGAUGAACUGAGAUCUAUUACAAAUUUGGAGGAACUUGAAAUUUCCGAAAUUCCAGGAUUUGGAAAAUGGGUUUCUGGGAGAAAGAGAGGUGUUCAACACUGUUUUCCAUGCUCCUUUCGUCACCAUCCCUCAACCGACUGGCCUAUUUCAUGACUACAGGUGUCAAAAGAGGCUUGGUCCAAUUUCAUGCUGGACUGGUUGGUAACGUGUUUGGCCUUACUGGCCGAACUGCCCAUUUAGCCAGUAGGCCCUGCUCUAAAAAUAUCCUGCUUCUGGGUCUUGCUGGACCAUCUCUAUUCAUGAGCACAUAUAGAAAGGAAAGGAUCACAGAGUAGGAGAAUUCCAUGCUCCAAAGACAAUUUUGUUCCUAGAUUAUUGAAGAGGUGAAUUGGUGAAACCUGCUUUUGUUCUGUUUUUGGUCUCUUUAACAUUGCCUUUAUUCUUCUUAAUCAUUUUUAGAAUGAUGAUCCAAUAUUUAGUAAUCUUGGCAAAGUGAAAACGGAAGUCAAAGGAACACAUGUUGCUCCCAGUAAUAAGAGCAUGUGAAGAGAUCUGUGUUUCACUCACCAUAAUCCUAAGGAUGAGACUCCUUCACACCAACAUACCAACAUUUGGUGAUGACAGGAAUGGCCGACAAAAACAUCCGAAUCAUGCUCAGUCGUCCCCACUGUUGCAUCCGCUACAUCAGCCACGGUCCCCGGUGGCCUAGACCAUCAACUUUCUAUCGCUUACCCACUCCGCUCCGCGCAUCCAUCACAGCUCUUUUUUACUGCAAGACCUGCCGAAGAAGCUGUUAAUUGGGUUGACUUGUCUGUUUUCAUUCAAGCCUAGCUGCGCGAUACUCUUGUCGUUCGUGGCAGGGAAGAAACUGACUGCUGCAGUGCCGAUAUACGCGGCUGCUCUGAUACCUGUCAUGUUUUUCACCAUUAGGCAGCUGCCCAUGUACUGUGAUCUUGUUUGAGGUGCCCGUGUAAAAGCUGCUACAAGGUCUUCUCUUGCUUUCUUUGUUGAUAUUAUUAUUAUUGGUAAGGACUCGCAGUAAUGAAUUAGGGUUUGCGCCUUGCAUGGACUUCCUUUGCUGUAUAAAUAUACAGUUUUUACUGGCGUGUUUGUGUAUUUGAAGUUGGCAGUUUAAGUCAUGUUUCAGUACGUGUCA